UCAGACCAUGUCGACACCGAGAGCUCCUCCGAGCCUGGCCACGGCGGCGACGGCUAUCCUGGCCGUCCUGGCGGCGGCGCUCGUCACCACGGGAGCUCGCGCGCAAAUGUGCGGCGCGCAGGCCAACGGCGCCAAGUGCGCGAACUGCCUCUGCUGCAGCCGCUUCGGGUUCUGCGGCAGCACGGCCGACUACUGCGGCGCCGGCUGCCAGACCCAGUGCAGCGGCUGCGGCAACACUCCUACCGGCGCCAAGGCCGUGGCGUCCAUCGUGUCCAGGGCCCUCUUCGAGCGGCUCCUCCUACACCGCAAUGACGCGUCGUGCCUGGCCCGCGGGUUCUACACGUACGACGCGUUCCUCGCGGCUGCCGCGGCGUUCCCUGCCUUCGCCGGCACGACGUUCAGCACCAACACGCGGAAGCGGGAGGUGGCCGCGUUCCUGGGCCAGACAUCCCACGAGACCACCGGCGGGUGGCCGACGGCGCCCGACGGCCCCUACUCGUGGGGCUACUGCUUCAAGCAGGAGAGGAACCCGCCGUCCAACUACUGCGAACCCAGGGAGGAGUGGCCGUGCGCGCCCGACAAGCAGUACUAUGGCCGCGGCCCCAUCCAGCUCUCCUACAACUACAACUACGGACCGGCGGGCCGCGCGAUCGGCGAGGGCCUGCUGAACCAGCCGGAGUUGGUGGAGACAGACCCGGUGGUCUCAUUCAAGACGGCCCUAUGGUUCUGGAUGACCCCGCGGGGUAACAAGCCGUCGUCCCACGCCGUGAUCACGGGGCAGUGGAGGCCGACGCUCGCAGACUUGGCCGCCGGCCGGUUUCCCGGAUACGGCGUGAUCACCAACAUCAUCAACGGCGGGCUCGAGUGCGGGAUCGGGCAGGACUCACGGGUAGCCGACCGGAUCGGGUUCUACAAGCGCUACUGUAAUGUUCUCGGUGUCAGCUACGGGAGCAACCUGGAUUGCUACAGGCAGAGGCCAUUCACUAGCUGAGAAAUCAGCUUCUCAGUUGGGCUCGUGGGUGACAACUGGUCACUCGCGACGGGUCCAUAAGGGCCCAGCUGGCUUCCUUAAUUUCUCUCAUUAUUUUGGAGACCUAAAUGUUUUCCAUUUUUCACGGAGGCGGAAAAAAAUAUCCUAGAUCCUCAUUCUGAGGACUUAUCAUGUUGGAUCCACCAUCUCCAACCAUACAAAUCAUCGUUAUCGUCGUCACCAACAAAAGGCAUUGUGGGGUGCAUCUUCAUCUGCACCAUCUUCACAAACAGCACCGUCUACAUCUUUCAAUGUCACCCCCAUGUGUUAGUUUAUGUAUGUUAGUUGAUGCUUUAUGUUUUAUUGGUAUGAGAUCCAAAUUUUCAGAUUGCUAUUCAUACUCAAAUGCUCCCACACAUGUUUAUGAUGUGACUUGCGAGUAGUACAUUACAUUCUUAAAUCUUAAGGACAUAUGAAACAUAUGCUAUAAAUCCUAAACUCGAUCGGGGAAUGAUUCCUUGAAACUCAUGCCAACCUAUGAUGCCGCUGUAUUCGAGGUUUGUAAUUGAUUAAAAAAAUAUUUGUGGAUUUAAAAGUAUCUGAACUGGUCAUUGUUUAAAAUUCUAUGCUCCAUAGGAAUGUUGGUUCUCAGUGCAUUGGGGCUUUGGGGGUCGCCCGUGUGCCUACCUUUACGCUGGUAUUUUGCAUGUUUAGGUCAUUUCGGCUGUUCGUCAUGGUGUCCGGAGCUCCUAAUUGGCGCGUUUUGUGCCUGUUAACGAGCUGGCGCUUGCACCGUCGCUGGUAUAUGGGCCAGCCCAAGGGCGCGCUCGUUCGCUCGAAAAAGCAAACACCUAACUGUCGCUACUACUGAACGACCGCUCGCUUGCUCGAUUUUUUUUUCAACAAAGUCCAAAAGAAAGCAACAAAUUCAAAAAAAUGAAUUCAAAAGUUCAUGCAUUUGAUGUUUUUUAAAUUUCAUGAUUUCCAAAAAAUAGGUUUCACAAACAUGGGACAAA